CGCUUCUCGAACCCACCUGAAAAAAUCGAAGGAAUCUGCGAACAACAAAAACGCAGCUUUGUGGCUUUGCUCAAGUGUUGUGUGCAGGAAUUCGGUGAUUGUUAGGAUUUGCGGAAAUCUCAAGUGCAACGUACCGAACUAACGAUGAGCGUCAAAGAUAUCUAUUAUUCGGAUAAAUAUUACGACGACGAGUACGAGUACAGGCAUGUAGUGUUGCCAAAGGACAUCGCUAAGCUGGUACCCAAAACACACCUGAUGACGGAAAACGAGUGGCGAUCGAUCGGCGUCCAGCAGUCGCGUGGAUGGGUCCACUACAUGAUUCAUCAGCCGGAACCACACAUCCUGCUGUUUCGACGACCCAUCACCAAGUAGUUCCGUACCGGUGUCGCGCCGUCGCCACCAGGAUGUGGUGUAUAAGUUAGGCGGUUAAGAAGAAGCCAAGCUUGCUACCGGGAUGAGUGUGCAGGUAUAUCACGAAACUUUCCUCGGCGGCGACCGACGGGCGCGGAGCGUCGUGAAGGUUUUGAACAUUUGCAGCCAUUUCGAAGCAUCAAGGCCAUCCCCUAAAUAAUAAGCUACCAACCACAAAACCCAUCCUCUCGUUUCCUCCGAUUGCGUGCGCGCUUGCGCGUUUGUGUGUGUGUAUAUGUGCCAACAUCCGGAUCGCGAUCCCGAGGCGUUGAAGCGCAAUGGAUCGAACGAUCCUUUCAUCCUGAAACCAGCGUAGCCUUCGCUCGUCCAUCAGUUUUCCAUGGGUUGCUAUAUCCACUUAUGCUCAAACACAUCGGCAGGAAAGGAGAAGGAUAAACAGAGGCCAGAGAGGGAGAGAGAAAGAGAGAGAGAGAGUAAUGAUGUGAACCAAACUACUUCACAGUAGACAUCCGUCGUAUGGUUGGAAAAGGGCACCAACAAUUCCCGCAAACUGGAUGUACCUUCUUACUAUUUUUUGUUUCUAAUGUACAGAUUUCUCCUGACGAAUGUUUUUUUUUGUCAACAAAAAAUAGCGGAUUGUGUGCCUUUUUCACUGAAA